AUGCAGGUGCCCAGUAGUCCUGCAGAGUGGAAGGCCGUUGCGCAGGGCUACCAGGACCUGUGGCAGUUUCCGCAUUGCGUUGGUGCACUGGAUGGGAAACACGUUGCCCUGGUGCCACCACAUGAGACUGGGGCACAGUUCCGAAACUACAAAGGAUUCUUCAGCAUUGUUUUGAUGGCACUGGUGGAUGCAGACUUAAACUUCAUAUUUGUAGAUGUCGGCCGAAAUGGUCGUAUGAACGACAGCGGCAUCUGGGGUGCCUGCAAGCUUAAGGAGACUCUGGAGAGGCAACCCUCCAUACUUCCGGAUGCCGAACUGCUUCCUAGGUCAAGAGACUCGGCACCCUACGUCAUUGUGGGGGAUGAAGGCUUUGGGCUAAAACCCUACUUGAUGAGACCGUACCCUGCAGCUGAGCUCACCACUGACAAGCGGCUGUUUAACUACAGGCUUUCACGUGCCCGCCGCACGUCUGAGAAUGCCUUCGGAGUGCUUGUGAACCGAUGGCAAAUCUACCGGUCUCCCCUUCGCCAUGACCCAAAGCGAGCCACUGACAUCGUUCUGGCCACAGUGGCUCUCCACAACUUCCUCCGGUCAAAGCGGAUAACUCGGCAGCUGUAUACCCCACAGGACAGCUUGGAUGUCGAAGACAUCUUGACUGGCAAUGUGCGAAAUGGAUCAUGGAGACAGGGGGUGACUCCCGCUGGUGCCAUGAGACAGUUCCGAAGAGGCGGAAGCAACUCCAGUGACACUGCCAAGGCAGUGCGCAACUUGUUCAUGAACUACUUUGUCAACGAGGGACAAGUGAGCUGGCAGUGGCGAAUGAUCCCCUAAACAGGCACACUUGGGCGUCCACUGGAACUCCCGGCACCGCUUGUGCUAGCUCCGUCGCUUGAGCCUCUAUGGCAGCUGCUAGGGGCAUUGCCUGGGCUGGGCGCUUGGCUGCAGCUGCUCAGCUCAUCUUCCAAAUCGAGGCUUGAGGGAUCUACAGGAUCGCUCCCUUCCAAGUGCCCCCAAGGGCUGUUGUCAGCUCCCACUUGAGAGCUUCGGCUGUCCUGCGAGCAUGGUUCAGCCUGCAAGUAUGAAAAUGCUUGUAUAG